AUGUCUUCGGCAAGUAAUGACACAACACUUCUACAUUCUUCUUCUUCCAACUCUUCUUUAAACGUUCCCCCUGCAGAAAAUCCUGCUAUAAUUCUCGAAAAGUAUAAAGGAAAAAAAGAUAUAAACAAAGGUAACGCUCCGAUCCUAAAACAACCCUUUUUCAAAAUAACCGCAUCUAAUAAAUUUCAAGUCGUGAUCCAAUUUUUAAGAACUCAGCUUAAUUAUAAAGCAUCAGAUCCUUUGUUCUUGUACGUAAAUAGUGCUUUCUCUCCGGCUCCUGAUGAGAUUGUAUCAAACUUGCAUAAGUGUUUCAGCACAGAUGGUCAUCUUAUAAUAAAUUAUUGUACAAGUGCUGCAUGGGGUUAG